AUGCUGGAUGAUGUAUGGGGUGCUGGUAGUAAGUUGCCUGUAAACUCUUCGGAAGUUUCCGAAAAGGCUGAACUUAUCAAGGCUACCGUAGAACAAUUAAGGAAGCCUGAUGGACAUGAAGAUCCAUGGGUAGAUUUGGUACUUCUCAUGGCGGAUGCUGAAGAAGAAGAGGAGGAGCUGACAACAUUUGCGCAAUUGCUUGCAAAUGUGAGAGACGUCAACGAUACAAAAAAAACUGGUGUGGCAUUAAUUCAUUAUACGAUAGUAUACAACCACGCACCCUAUAUUGAGCUUCUGCACAAUCAGUGUUACUCGCUCGAUUUGGAUCUAAACAUUUAUGACAAGAAAGUAGGGCUUACACCUCUGAUGUGGUGCUUCCAAUUGAUGAGAGCAAACUGCUGUAUUGAGCUCUUUUCUUUUAUUGAUGAGCUGAAUUUCGACUUGACUAGCAAAGAUGGUACCAAUACAUGGGACUUCGUUGUACCGGGAUCCUCUUUUGAAGAGUUUCUGGAUCAGAAUAAUAUCUUUCAGUAUAAACUUACAGCUAAACCUUCCGAACUGGACAGUAACACCACUUUCGAAAGUGCACAUCUUCAACAGGAUGAUGACUUUGAUAAAUUAAAUCUUCAAUUAGCUGGAAUGACGGUUGAUGCUGAGAAUGCCUUCUUUAACGACGAUAAUGAUACCAGCGGUGCAAAAAAUAUAAUUAAGUUUUCCAAAUUUUUAGAGGAUUUUGAAUUUGAUAAGCUGCUCAAAGAUCAGUAUCUAGAAUUUUCAGAUUAUGAUAUACCACAAAUUUUGGAUUUACUCAUAUCUUUACCUGAGAAGUAUGCUCAUAUUACUACCUAUCCAGCGGCGCUUAUUUUCCAAUGUGUACGAUAUGCGGAUCAUAAACUAAAUUCUAAACCUUUGGUAGAGUCGCUAAUUCAUCUGUCUCUUACAAGAAUUAUAGCGGCUGCUUCUAAUGAUCUAACCAUUGAUACAGAGACAACUGGUGAUAUCGUAAUUCAAUCAUAUUGGCUCAGUGCUGUAUCAUUCCUUUACUAUUAUUUCUGUAGGGACGAUCUUUUCUUCAAACGAUAUGCUACUGUUUUACAGGAUAUCGUCAAUACUAUUCGUGCUCUAAUGAUAGAAAUUACAUCCUCAAUACACGCUCGGUUGUUACCGUUAAUUGAACCCACUAUACUUGCAUAUACAACAAUUGACGUCGUAAGGCAAACUCUGUACAAAAAAGAUUGGAAUUUUUUCAAAAAGAGAAAGCAAACAAAACAUGAUUUAUUGGAAAAGGAGAAGAAGAAAGAAACUCUACCGUAUUAUAAUAGUACUAUGCUGAAGCACUUGUAUCCCCCUUCGUUGGAAGAGCAAAUGAAACUUUCUCCCAUGAAAGUGGUCCAAAUUUUUGGUGCAUUAGCUUAUGUCCUUGAAUUACAUCAAAGUCAUCAAUUAUUUCAACAGCAAUGCUUGUCCUUAUCCGUCGAAUGGUUUUCCUCAACUUUAUUUAAUAAAAUCCUAAAAAAUAAAAGGAAGAAAACGCUUUCAAGAGCACACGCCGUUCAGAUUAGAUUGAAUUUAUCCAGCCUAGAAGCAUGGAUAAAAAACAAUGAUUUGGUGGUUCCGAAGCCCAAUUUAGUUGACGACUUCAUGUGGCAGAGAUUUCCAUAUACCCUUGUUUGUGCUCUGGGAGACAUAAAUUUUUCCGAUCCACCGGUAAAAAAUGUUGCAACGUUUAAACCUGUGAAAACGAAUGUCCAAUCGCAGGAAGUACCAAUCGUUUAUGACAACACAAACUCAUUGUUUUAUUAUCAGCCAUUCCAUAGAAUAGCUCAUAUUCAUUUUGAACGUGUAUUCGAGUUGUUGCAAUGGUUACAAGUGGCUACUACACUAACCAAUGAUGACUCACUAGAUGCCACGAUGGAACUACUUCCAUGUUUAACACCACAACAGCUGUUAAAAGUUACUGAUAAGUAUAAUUACGAGACAGAAGAGCCUAAAUUCAGUUCUACUCUAAGAAAGAAGUUAUCGACUAUGGUAAAAGCGCAAACUAUGAGGAAUGAUCCGUACCUGGUUGAACAGCCUAAAUCACUGCUCGCACUACCUACAGUAGCUGAAUUGACUGAUACAUACACCCGCAGUAUCGAUAGCCGAUCCUUUCAACCAUUGCUACCGAUUGAAAUUCAGGAUAUCGUUGACGAACUUCACGAUGAGAACACAAGGCUACGGAAGAACCACAGUUAUUCUUCGGAAAAACUGGGCGAAGAAGAACAAGAUAAUGACAGUGUGGACGAUGAUACCGAUGACAAAGACAGAGGUAAGCAAUCACAAUAUUCGGGAAUGGUAUCUGAUAGUUAUCAUACGGAUGUUGGCGACCUUCAAACGGCGGACGAGUAUUUCAAAGAGCUUGAUGCACCAUUGGCAACUGCCCAAAAACCACAAUGGAAUAAUGAAGAGAUAGAGGCCAAUCCCUGGUAA